AUUAAGCCUACUUUUUGGUGGUAGUUGCGACAUCAUUAUCUGACACCGUGCGGAAGUGAAGGUGGGGGUGGGUGGGGGCAGCAGUUGUUUGUUUGCUGCAAUCGCACGUCCAUGGACGCGACUCUAAACUGCUGGUUCUACGGACUGAAACUGUGUGAGAAUCAAGAAGCCACUAGCAACGCUUUAAGUUACAGGAAUUACAGGAAUUACUCCUUUGGGCCGGCCAUCCGAAUCAAUCGGCCUGUCCGAAAUGGGCCGCCCAGGCCUCUGGGCUGGGCGCCCAGACUGCCCCUCCCAUCCGAACCUACCGGUCCGAACUUUUCGGACCGGCUUCGGACCAGCUUCGGACCAGCUUCGGACGGCGAACCCCGGUUUCGGACGCCUUGGUUUACCCCGAGUGGGUGAUGGGGUACGGCACCACCCACCAGAUCCGCUACGCCUGGCCCGCCGGGUUCGCAGGGCCUCAACACGGCAGUAGCAUCGGCAUGAAUGCUACAGCCCCCCCAGCGGCAGACCCGUACGACGUCUGGACCCCGGGUGUGAUUACCCGCGUGGUGUUGUCGGCCCCGUGCUCCAACACACACUCCUUCGACAUGAACCAGCGACUGGUCGGGCUGGAGAUCCUGUCCAACACGCCCGACCCCAGCACCGGCAGUAGCAGCGGGACGACCGGCAGUAGCAGCAGCAGCGGCAGUAGCAGCACGGUGGCGGGCGGGGUGCUGACGGUGCGGAGCCCCCCCGACAUCAACAUUGCGCCCCCGGGCAUGUACCACAUGUUCCUGGUGCAUGGGGACGUGUACAGCAGUGCGGUGUAGGUGCGGCUGGCGAGGCCGCAGUAGUAACAAGCAAGUGCUAGCUCGGUGGAUAAUGGCGGUGUAUGUGGUCCGCCGUGCGGACGGAUGGAUGAUGAAUGGAUGGCCGGAUUACGUGCGUAUGGAUCAGAUGCGGUAGGGGGCCCAACUACGGUGUGCAUGGCAUCAGGGGCUGCUGCAAGGUUCUUACACGUGUAGAUGAUAAUACCGUAUGAUAUGUAUGCAAGCAACGUAGGCUUCGGACCUAGAUGCUGGACGGCGCGGUAGGUGGUGUGAUCGCGUGUUGUUAGGUCCGAGGUAUAGGGUGGCGGCGGUGGCUGGCUGGUGCGUGGUCAUCGCUCGCACAUAGUCCGGAUGAUAGGGUAAUUGGAACCUGCGUGUCGUAGACACGGGCGGAGCGCCCCUCCAUUGAUUCAACUAGCUUCAAUCUAAUAGCUGGCUGUGCCGAUGUACGCAUAUAUGCGUGUGCACAUAGCGUGUAUGUACGGCAGACCCUUAUCUAGCUACCUGUUGCGCGCGCCCCUUCUUCCUCGCGUACUGCCAACUUAAAGAAGAGUCGCUGGAUGGCGUGUGCAGCGUGUGCGUUCAUUUAUGACAGGCCCCUGUGGGGGCACGGCAGUGGUGUGCGUGAGUCAGCUGGCUUGUUUGGCUGCUGUAUGGAUGGAUCAGCAGGCUUGGCGUAAUUCCAUUUCUUCUGCACUCACAGUAGUAGCUUCUUUCCUCUGCACUGCAAUGUAUGCGCUUUCUUCGCUGUCUCCAUGUUCCUAGCGUGGGUGCACCUGCCAUACGGCAUG